CUUCAAAUCAUGCAGGAUGAUUUACUGAUGGACAAAAACACAGCCCCGGCUCACCAUCAGCAAGAUCCGACGCAAAUAGACCCUCCUCCCUCCUCCUCCACCCCGACCCCCUCAUUGGAGCCGUCGUCCUCAUCAUCGGGGUCGGAGAGUCCGUCGACCGGGAGCAGCAACGCGGACAAAGUGUCGAUGGAGUCACCGAUUUUGCCAGGCUUGAACUUCCAUCAGUCAGCGCAGGAGAGCGACGGUCCGAUUUCCUCCGCGUCCUCUUCGUUUGGCAGCACUUGGUCCACGGGAAACACCAACGUUUUGGACGAAAGCUUUUUCCAGGGAAUACCCUCCGUGAACGGGACGAUGCUUUUUCAAAACUUCCCCCACCACCUCAACGCGGUGUUCGGGGGUAAUUUCUCGCCGCAAAUGGCGCUCGCUCCCCAGUCUCAACAGCAUCAACAACCGGCGCAGCAGCCCCAGCAGAGAAGAUCCCCUCUCAGCCCCAACCAAGGCCCCUUCCCCCAGAGAAACGCUUAUCAGACAAUCAUGAACGCGGCUAAAGGAUCGCCUUCACCUGUAUCGUCACCCGCUUGGAAUAAUCACCAAAACGCCGGGUGGAGCACCGGCUCCAACCACCCUUGGAGCGGCGCGCAGGCAGGCAGAGACCCACGCAGAGCAGUGGGCGUCGGUUUGGGGGUCGGUGUUGGAGUUCCUUCCCCUGUGAGUCCAAUUUCCCCUAUGAAAAAACCUAUUAUUGCACCCCCGAAAUUUCCUAGAAAUGGUCCUUUCACCACCAAAGCCUGGAAUGAGGACGUUGCCUUUAGGCCUGACAGCAAUAUACUGCCUUUCCAGGACCGGAAUCGACCUUUUGAUACAUUUAGCUUGCACUCUUUGGAGAAUUCUUUAAUGGAUAUGAUAAGGACGGACCAUGACAAAGGUAAUGCUAACCCUUCUGUGCUAUUGACUAUCACUGAUGUUAUGUGGAGGCAUCAUUUUGCAGGACGUAUGGGCAUUAACUUCCAUCAUCCUGGAGCUGAACACAUAAUGCCUCUGAACACCCGGAGUUUUGGCCGCAGAAGAGGUCGUUCAUACCUUUUUCCCUUUGAAGAUGGUUUCCUUGACGAUGGCCACAGUGACCUCUCCUUGACCCCUGGUUUGAAUUCUCCAACCCGUUGUCAGAACGGUGAGAGGAUUGAGCGCUACUCCCGUAAAGUCUUUGUUGGAGGUCUACCCCCGGAUAUAGAUGAAGACGAGAUCACCAACAGUUUCCGUCGUUAUGGACACCUGGUUGUGGACUGGCCCCACAAAGCUGAGAGCAAAUCCUACUUCCCGCCGAAAGGUUAUGCCUUCCUACUGUUCCAAGAAGAGGUUUCUGUUCAGGCCUUGAUUGACGCAUGUAUCGAGGAGGAUGGGAAGCUCUACUUGUGUGUGUCCAGUCCCACCAUCAAAGACAAACCGGUCCAGAUCCGUCCUUGGAACCUGAGUGAUAGUGACUUUGUCAUGGAUGGCUCCCAGCCUUUGGACCCCCGCAAGACCAUCUUUGUAGGGGGAGUACCCCGGCCUCUGCGUGCAGUGGAACUGGCUAUGAUCAUGGAUCGCCUGUACGGAGGUGUUUGCUACGCCGGCAUCGACACGGAUCCGGAGCUCAAAUACCCAAAAGGGGCUGGCCGUGUAGCCUUCUCCAAUCAACAGAGCUACAUCGCAGCCAUCAGUGCUCGCUUUGUUCAGUUGCAGCACAAUGACAUCGACAAAAGGGUGGAGGUGAAGCCGUAUGUGCUGGACGAUCAGAUGUGCGACGAAUGCCAGGGGGCGCGCUGCGGGGGGAAGUUUGCUCCCUUCUUCUGUGCCAACGUCACAUGUCUCCAGUACUACUGCGAGUACUGUUGGGCCAGCAUUCACUCACGAGCAGGUCGUGAGUUUCACAAGCCCCUGGUGAAGGAGGGGGGCGACCGCCCUCGACACGUGUCUUUCCGUUGGAGCUGA